UGACAAGCCACUGGCCAAGAACAAAGAGAGAGCGCCCCACACAGCACGCGCUCUCUACCCGCCAAACAUCGUCUUCUCUCUUUCUUUCCUUCUUUCUUGUGGUUCCAGUGAAUAAGAAAUUCAACGCGACCACCAGCCCUUCUUCUCCCUUCUCCCCUUCCUCGGCCGUCUCCGUUCGCCGCCGCCGCCGCCGCCGCCGCCGCCGACCUAAUCUCGAAGACAAUGCAGAUUCACUCCCCUCGCGUCCCCCUCCACGGCCCCGUCCCCCGGCGCUUCUCCGAUCGCUCGCUCCCCUCCCUCCGCCCCCUCUCUGUCCCCGCCCCCUCGCUUCCCGACGGCUCGCGUCCCGUCGAGCUGGCGCUUCCUGGAGGCGAGGCGCGCUCGGGAUCGGUUCGUCGCGGCUUGCGUUAGCCCUGGGCACGAGAUUGCCGAGGACGAAGCCGAGACGACUCCGGCGCCGGCGACGAGUGACGACGAUGCUCCCUGGCGCCGCCGCCGCCGUCGUUCGGUGAGGAGGCGGUGGCGCGGGUGGAGGCGGCGGAGAAGAGUGGGUUCUCGGACCAGAGCUUGUGGGGUCAAAUGAAGGAGAUCAUGGUGUUCGCGGGACCGGCGACUGGUUUGUGGAUUUGUGGGCCGUUGAUGAGUCUCAUUGACACCAUCGUCAUCGGUCAGGGAAGCUCGAUUCAGCUCGCUGCGCUAGGUCCUGGAACGGUUCUUUGCGAUUAUAUGAGCUACGUGUUUAUGUUCCUCUCAAUUGCCACCUCGAAUAUGGUAGCUACUUCUCUGGCGAGACAGGAUAAAGAUGGGGUGCAGCAUCAAAUAUCGAUCUUGCUCUUUCUUGGAUUGACUUGUGGCUUCUUGAUGCUCUUCUUCACGAAAUUCUUUGGUUCAUGGGCAUUAACUGCUUUUGCUGGGCCAAAGAAUAUACAUAUUGUCCCUGCAGCAAAUACUUAUGUUCAGAUUCGAGGCUUAGCAUGGCCAGCACUUCUCAUUGGUUGGGUUGCUCAAAGUGCAAGCCUUGGCAUGAAAGAUUCAUGGGGACCCCUGAAGGCUCUGGCCGUCGCCAGUGCCAUAAAUGGAAUUGGUGACAUUAUCCUCUGCAGCGUGUUAGGUUAUGGCAUUGCUGGUGCCGCAUGGGCAACAAUGGCUUCACAAGUUGUUGCAGGUUAUAUGAUGAUGGCUGCUCUAAACAAGAAAGGAUACAACGCCUUUACAAUCUCCGUACCAUCAGCCGAUGAACUUUUGUCAAUACUCGCGCUUGCUGCUCCAGUGUUCGUAACAAUGAUCUCGAAGGUGGCCUUUUAUUCACUUCUUACAUACUUUGCUACAUCUAUGGGCACAAUUACUGUGGCUGCUCAUCAGGUAAUGGUUCAAAUAUUUUGCAUGUGUACGGUAUGGGGUGAGCCUUUAUCUCAAACCGCACAAUCAUUUAUGCCCGAGCUAAUAUAUGGAGUCAAUCGGAGUUUGGAAAAGGCGCGAACAUUGCUGAAGUCUCUUGUGAUCAUUGGCUGCAUAGUUGGGAUCAUUUUGGGAAGCAUUGGAACGUUUGUGCCUUGGAAGUUUCCUAACAUCUUUACACCUGAUCAACAUGUUAUACAAGAGAUGCACAAGGUGCUAAUUCCAUACUUCAUGGCAUUAGCCAUCACACCCCCCACACACAGCCUUGAGGGUACAUUGCUGGCCGGACGAGAUCUUAGAUUUAUCAGUGCAUCCAUGAGUGGAUGCUUUACUCUGGGCUCUCUUCUGCUGUUGCUCGUGAGCAGUAAAGGGUUGGGUUUGGCAGGAUGUUGGUAUGCACUCUCGGGAUUUCAAUGGGCUCGGUUCUUUCUCGCUCUACGGCGCCUUACUUCUGCCCACAGUGUACUGUACACAGAAGAUCUGAGCCGUUUUAAAGUGCAGAAGCUAAAAGCUACUUAGCUUAUAAAUCACUCAAUAAGGCAUGUGCUCAGUAUUGGUACUUUACUGAUCGUCUUGAUAAGGGGCCAUCAAGUAACUUCUCGUGCUUCUCAGCCAUACCACAUGCAUGAUGCGUGGUUAAUCUGUUUCCUCACAUUAGGUUAGGGUUAUUCCAUUCUUUGUGCCUCAAAGAGGCCGAGAGCAUUAAGCAAGGUAGUUCUUAAAGCUUUUGCUUCUUCUACAGAAAGACGGGGUCGUCUGCGUCUUAUUGUAACUGUAUCAUAAUAGAAUAGACAAUAGGAUUAUCCUCUUGGAGGUGAUACGACUGAGGUUGCUCCUCUUUUAAUUGUAAAAGCUAUCUAUUCAAAUGGGGCUCCAUUCUUGAUAC